GUGAUCCGAGACCCUGUGAUGCUCAGGUCGAGUGUGUGGAGCCGAUGAUGGGUGGAGCCACGCAAUGAACAGGAGCUUCAGUCAAAGCUUCAGUGUGUGUGUGUGUGUGUGUGCUCUCCUCAUAUUCCUGUUUCAGCAUCAUCAGGAUGACAAUCAUUGCUGAAGAUGACGGAGAUCCAGAGUGAUGGACUAACACAGUGUCGGAUGAUUGACAGGCCCGUGAUCCAAUAGGCACGAUGAUCGCCACAGGCGGGCUGCUGAGAAUCUCACGGAAUCGCCAGGAAUCGCCGCGAUCCAAGAACCGUGCGGAGAACAAGAAGAAGAGGAAAGCCAAGAAGAAACGAAAGAACGACGUUGUUGUGGUGAAAGGAAAAGUGAAGCUGUGCUCCGCAUCAGGGCUGGUGGCGGCGCUGGGCGUUUUCAUCUUACUGGUCGGGAUCACCAUGGCCGUACUGGGAUACUGGCCCAGAGAAAACACGGAUACGCCGAUAUGGCGAGCCACACAGGGGAAUCUAACAAGCAAUAACAUGCUGGUGGUGUCGAGCGACAGAAACUCUUCGUCACAUUCGCUCGGCUUCUUCAAAAAGCUGUUUUUGAGUUACUUAUACUCGGAUAAUCUCAAAGUAUUCGGGCCUUUAGUGAUGGGCAUCGGGAUUUUCCUCUUCAUCUGCGCCAACGCCGUUCUGCACGAGGAUCGUGACAAGAAAACUAAAAUCAUAAAUCUGAGAGAUAUUUACUCCACAGUCAUAGACAUUCACGGUUUGCGCGCCAAAGACCGCGUCCCGUUCAUCAGUUACAUGAGGAGCGCCGAGGGCUGUCCGAGAGGAAAACCAGGAAGCUAUAAGCGCAAGUCGUCGGUUUAUAGCAUAUCCCAAAGGUCCGAGGAAACGCACUGGGAAACGCGCUCAAUCGUCACGUCGUCUGUUAACGCGUUCACUUUACCUGUUAUUAAACUCAACAAUCGCGAUAUCAUGCAGGAGCUGGACGUCUCGCGCCGCAAGAGCUGCUCCGCCGCGGUGGAAACCCGAGCGCAGGUUUCCAGGACACACGUGUCGCUUUCCCAGGAUUCGAAGCUCAACGUGGGGAAGCGGGUCACGGGUUCGCAUCUGUCUCUGAGCGCGCUGUCGGAUCCGGGCGGAGGCUAUCGGGACGAGCGCUCGCGGAGGUUUAGCUGUCCCAGACUGGAGCGCUUGGGGAGUAAGGGCUACAGCAAACUGGGAGAUUCCUUCGCAGGCGCUGGAGGAACGGAGGAUACAGACACACACACACACACUUCCUCAAUGAUGGUUGACUCAAACUGAAAAUAAAACACCUUUAAAUGUCUGAAUGUCACUGAUUGUGCUCAUU